AUGAAGAUGAAGAAGCGUGUCCUGUGCGUCUACGAUGGCGCUCGACGGCUGUGGAAGGACGACAUGAUGCUCGACUCGGAGUUUGAGGUGCGCAUGAAGCUGCCCGACGGCAAGAGCUACGUGACGGACCUCGAUGUGCAGACGAUGAAGCGCGCCGAGGCGCUCCACGGCGCCACGCCUGAGGAAAAGGGACACUGGGUCCCGGACAACAUGAGAGGCAUGGGCGAAUAUGUGUUUUGA